AUGCGCCACCGCCGCCUGACCGCCGCCCUCGUUCUGGCGGCGCCCCUCGCCUUCGCACCGCCGCUGCGUCGUCCUGCGGCGCGCGAGAAGGCCAUGCGGGCGUUGGAGGCGGAGAAGGCCUUGGAGGAGACCCAGGACACAGCAGAACGCCCACCAAGCUUGCACAUCUUUUGGGACCUUGAGAACAAGAUUCCGGAAAGGCUGGAAGACACUAUGGCCUGUUUGCUGCAGUGCUUUCCUGGACACCAGUUGAAGUCCGUCCGCCUCUAUACCAGUUUUAAGAGCCUUGGCUUCAUGCCUUCCUUGAUGAACUUCUUGACCGAUGUCAAGGGGAAUAAGAGCUUCCCCCAGCUCUUCCCCAACGGCGCGCGCUUCCCGCUGCUCAACGCUGCUCCUUUGGCCGCGCUCGACGCGCAACUGGUCGUGGUGCCAGCGCGGUGGCAGGCGGCGGACUUCUGGCUGGUACGGGAGACUGCCCGGAUGGUUGCGCCCUGGAAGUGGAAGACUCAGGCCGAGCCCGACCUGGUGUGCCUCGUGUCCGAUGAUUCGGACUUCAGGCAAAUUGUCUUGGAGAUCCAACGCUCGGGGCUCCGCUGCGCCGUGCUGUGCGGGGAGAACAGCUGGACCUUGCGGAAGCGCGCUGACCUCUGGCUGAACUGGAGCAACGUCUCCUUUGGCCGCAAAGACUGCGGAGAAGGCGACGAAGACCGCGGCACGGAAGGCAUCGCGCUUGGAGCGCCAGAGGCCUUGCCCAUGGUAGACUUGAAAGCACAUCAGAGAGCUCAGCGACAUGUGCGGAGCGUGCGGAGCCUCCGCGGCCGCGCACCCCGCGCCCGGCAGAAGCCCCUGAUCCGUCCCGGUCGACGCACCCGGCCGCGUCCAAAGUGA